GUGGCUCAGUGACGUGCGCGCUCCCCCCGAUCCUGGACGACGCGAUGACGUCGCUCGGCGUUUGCGCGCGAAGGCGGGAGCUUGGCGACCGCGAAGAUGGCGGCGCCGAAGCGCAAGCUGUCGAGCCAGAGGGAUGCUAGAAGCAAGAGGGUGUCGGGUGGCUCCAGGCAGCUUUCGCAGGAGGCUGAUAGGACGGGCAGCCAGUUCGUGGAGGGAGCCAUCGUCCGGAUCAAGAUGGAGCAUUUCCUAACUUAUGAUUCCUGUGAGAUCCUCCCUGGGGCCAAUUUGAACAUGAUAGUGGGUGCAAAUGGCACUGGAAAGUCCAGCAUAGUGUGUGCAAUUUGCCUGGGCCUGGCAGGAAAAACCUCCUUUAUCGGGAGAGGGGACAAGGUUGGUCUUUAUGUGAAACGAGGAUAUAGCAAAGGAUGUAUUGAACUUGAACUUUACAGGCGUUCAAAAAACCUUAUAAUUAGCCGAGAAAUCUCUGUUGCAAAUAACCAAUCAGUAUGGCAAAUAAAUGGAGAACAUGCAACCCAGAAAAUGGUUGAAGAACAGACCUCUGCUUUGAAUAUUCAAGUGGGCAAUCUCUGCCAGUUUUUACCUCAGGAGAAAGUUGGAGAGUUUGCAAAAAUGUCAAAAAUUGAGCUUUUGGAAGCAACAGAAAAAUCAGUUGGCCCACCGGAGAUGUACAAAUUUCACAGUGAUUUAAAGAAUUACCGAGAAAAGGAGAAAGAGCUGGAGAACACGUGUAAAGAAAAGUCAGUUGCUUUGGAGAAGAUGAAGCAGAGAAAUGAGCGAAGUGAGCAAGAUGUGCAGCGGUAUUAUGAACGACAGAGACACUUGGAUAAAAUAAAGAUGCUGGGAAGAAAGAGACCCUGGGUGGAAUACGAGGCUGCUCGACAGGAGCAUGAAGAAGUGAAGCAUCUCCGUGACCAGCUGAAACAAGAACUGAAAGCACUAAAAGAAGCCCAGGCUCCAGUGACUAGAAGAAUUCAGGUUGUUGAAAGGCAGUGUAGGGAGCAGGAGACAAAAGUCAAGGAAAAGGGGUCAGAAAUUAAGAAAAUCUCACAGGAAUACAAACAAAAACAAGAUUUAUUGGAACGGAAGGACAAAGAGGUUGAAGAAGUUCAGCAAAACUUAAGAAUGAAAAACGAUGAGGAAAUUGACCGUCAAAAAAGAAUAAGCAACACAAAGAAGAUGAUUGAGGAUCUGCAAAAUGAACUGAAUGCUACAAGGAAUUAUGACCAUGUGCAACCGGAGAUAGACCAAAUCAGCACUGCCCUCCGGAAAGUUCAAGAAGAAAAGGGAGCCAUUGACACCGAGAAGGCAGAGCUGCAAAGAGAGGAGGAAAAUUCAAAGCAAGAGAAAGAGCAGGUUAUGACUAAUAUCAAAAAACUUGAAGACAUGAUGAACUUUAAAGAAGCAAAACUUCGAGAUCGGUUUAGAGAUACGUACAAUGCUGUCCAAUGGUUAAGAGAGAACAGGAAUAAAUUCCGUGGACGCAUCUAUGAGCCAAUUAUGCUUGAGCUCAAUAUGAAGGAUUCAAGGAAUGCCAAGUACGUUGAAAACCAUAUUUCACAGAAUGAUCUGAGGGCCUUUGUUUGUGUGAAUAUGGACGAUAUGGAUGCAUUCCUUCGUGAGGUUCGUGAUAAACAGAGGCUAAAGGUGAAUGCGGUGUGUGCACCUACUAUUUCAGUGGCAGGGAAGCCACCUACUAGACCCAUUCAAGAACUUCAAAUUUAUGGUUUUGUAUCCUAUUUGCGAGAGCUGAUCGAUGCACCAGAACCUGUAAUGAGCUAUCUUUGUGAGCAGUACAAAGUUUAUGAUGUUCCUAUAGGAACGGCAAAGACUAAAUUGAUGAUUGAAAAGGUGAUAAAAGAAACUCAGCUGCGUCAGAUCUAUACAGGAGAAGAGCGAUACAGUGUAAAAAAAUCUGUAUACUCCAAUAAGAUCAUUUCAAGCAACACAGCACUGAAAAAUGCACAAUUUCUCACUGUUCAAGUGGAUGUAGCAGAAAGAAGGCGAUUGGAUGAUCAAGCAAAAGAAAUAACUGCAAAGCUAAAUGCGGUGGAGUUACGCCUUGCUGAAAUUUCUGAGACGCACAGACAUCUUGAGCGGAAAGAUAAUGAAUUGAGGAAAAAGAAAGAACUUCUGGAGAUGAAGAGCAAGAGAAGACAACUAGAACAAAUCAGCACAAAGAAUGACAGUCUCAAGCAGAUGGAGAUGGAUACCAUCAAUCUUCAAGAGGAAGAACAAAAAGCUAAUGCGAAGAUGAAGGCAAUCUAUACCCAGAAAGCCAAACUGGUUUCAGAAUUAACACAGCUUAUUAAGACCUGCAUGAGGCUGAACAUGGAGAAAGUUGGCUUUGUUCUUGAAAACACAUUGUUAACUUAUCAGAAGAGUCAGCUGGAAACAGAAUUUAAAGAAUCUACUGCAGAGCAAAAAAUGAAAGAGCAACAAUACAGAGAACUGGAUGAGAAAAAGCACAAACUUUUGAAUAUGUGUAAGGAGCGUAUGAAAGCGGCCAGACAGAUCUGUGACCUGGAUCCAAAUCAGAAUGACAUUCCUCCAGAACUGAUGACAGCAUUUCAGAGUCUUCCCAAUUCACUGGAUGAAAUAGAUGCUUGUCUUAAUGAGGAAAAGUCAAGAGCGUCAUGCUUUACAGGCUUGAAUUUUUCAGUUGUGGACGAAUACAAGCGGAGGAAGCAAGAAAUAGAAAAUUUGUCUGAUGAGCUAAAUAGAAAGAAGAGUGAAUUAGAAAACUAUAAGCUGAAUAUCUCUCAGGUAAAAGAAAGAUGGUUAAAUCCCUUGAAACAGCUUGUUGAACAAAUUAACGAGAAAUUUAGCGAGUAUUUCCGCUCAAUGCAGUGUGCAGGUGAAGUUGACCUCCACACAGACAAUGAGGAGGAAUAUGACAAGUAUGGUAUCCGAAUCCGAGUGAAGUUUCGCAGCAGCACUCAGCUACAUGAACUCACCCAACAUCACCAGAGUGGUGGGGAGCGAAGCGUUUCUACAAUGCUUUAUCUGAUGGCACUGCAGGAAUUAAACAGAUGCCCCUUUCGUGUUGUAGAUGAAAUAAAUCAGGGAAUGGAUCCCACCAAUGAGAGGAGGGUGUUUGAAAUGGUGGUGCGUGCUGCUUGCAAGGAAAACACCUCUCAGUAUUUUUUUAUCACACCCAAGCUGUUGCAGAACUUAACCUAUGCUGACAACAUGACAGUGCUGUGUGUUUACAAUGGGCCACACAUGCUGCCCCCAGGCAAGUGGAACCUGAAGGCUUUCCUCAGGCGGCGACGAAGAGUACAGGCAGUCCCUCCCACCUGAAGAUGAGCUGCUUCCAGUUCUGGUUCUGUGGGGUCUAAGGUGGCUGAUGAGGUCAAUGUGAGAGCCACAGACUUUUCCAUGGAUGGAGCAGGAGGAUGGGGAAAAUUUGUGAAGUGGUGUGUUCCUUUAUGCAGGACUUCUGUGCGUUCCUAAUGCAUAAACAAUGCAUUAUAUAUGCUUUGAUGCAAUGAGAGAUGUUGCCUCAAGAAGGCAACAUCCAUCAUCAAAGAUCCCCACCAUCCGGGCCAUGCCAUCUUCUCACAGCCACCAUUGGGUAGGAGGUACAAAAGCCUGAAGUCCCACACCACCAGGUUCAAGAACAGCUACUUCCCUUCUUGAACAACCUGCACAACCCUAAUCACUACCUCAGUAUAGCAACACCAUGACCACUUUCCACUACUAUGGACUUUGAAUUUUUUGUUCUAAUUGUGUUCUUUCUUGUAAAAAUUGUAUAUAAUUUAUAUUUUUCUUGUGAAUGAUGCAUAUACAAUGCUAUGUGCUUGUGAUGCUGCUGCAAGUAAGUUUUUCAUUGUACCUGUGCAGACAUGUACUUGUGUGUAUGACAAUAAAUUCAAAUUUGAAACUUUGACUUUGACUCAAGAUUCUCAACACCAUCCCAACUGUUCCUUCUCCACCGUGAAUGGUCAUGGGCCAAAGAUUCCCAGGAGUCAGGUUGCAAUUUUUUUCCAAGGAGCCUUUGAGCACACCCUUGAAUCCUUUCCUCUGUGUGCCCAGUAAUCUCUUCCUGUGACAGAAUUCAAAGAAGAGUGGCUGUUUCAGGAGUCUGAUGUCAGGCGUGCAGACGGCAAGGAACAUCCAACAGAGCUGGCUAAAUGUAACUAGUGCUUCAAUACUGAGGGUAUUCACCCAGGAGAAUUUUAGUGCAGAGACACUGUUGGUGGUACCUUCCAGUGUUGAGGUACCUGCUGAAGUUAAUCUGAGUAUCACAAGCAUGUAGAUGAGCAGGGAUCACUACUGCUCAGUAGACUGUGAAUGUUGUGCCAGAUCUGACAUCUUGAUCUUCAAAUAUCCUCUUCCUCAAUCACAAGAACGCAGGAGCAGGAGUA